CCCGACCCUCCUCCCUGAUCCUGUACCCUUCAUUGAAAGUGCCUGAUAAUACCGCUGGGAAGUACUUGCAGCUGCAUUCUGCUCACAGUUUUAUCAGUCAGCUACUGUCUUCGGGCCCACCUCCGUCUCUGCUACGACUGGCAGCCAUGGGAAAACAAGCUUUAAGCCCUGGUGACCCCACCUCCUUCUCAAGACCAGAGCUUGUUGCUGUCACUCAUAUUCAUCUCAGCCUAGAUGUUGAUUUCAAAGAGAAAAAGUUAAAGGGUAAAGCAGAUUUGACCAUUGAUCGUCGCAGCCAAGAAACAACACAAUUGGUUUUGGAUUCAAGAGACCUAUCGAUCUCCAAUGUUAAAGUUCAAUCAACAGGCCAGACCCUGGAAUACAGUUUAGGAUCCUCCAUUGGAACGUUUGGUUGCAGCCUAACCAUUCAAUUACCUGUUGAAGUACCUCAAGGGUUGGUUCUCAGUGUAGAAUAUGAAACCUCAUCAUCAGCAAGUGCCCUUCAGUGGCUUAGUGCAGAGCAGACAGUUGGCAAGCAGCAUCCAUAUUUGUUCAGCCAAUGUCAGGCCAUACAUGCACGAUCUAUGGUUCCCUGUCAAGAUACUCCCUCCUCCAAAAUAACAUACAGUGCAGAGAUUUCUGCACCUGAGGCUCUUGUUGUGUUAAUGAGUGCACUUCAAGAUGAGGCUGGAAGGUCUUUAAACAGCCCUCGUCCAGGUACUAAAUUUCAUUGUUUCCGGCAACCAGUUCCCAUUCCCACAUACUUGAUAGCAAUUGCGGUGGGUCAUUUGGAAUCAAGGCAGAUUGGGCCAAGGUCUCGAGUGUGGUCAGAGAAAGAGCUAGUGGACCGUGCAGCAUUUGAAUUCGAUCAGACUGAGACGUUCCUCCAAACUGCUGAGCAGCUCUGUGGCCCCUAUGUCUGGGGACAGUAUGACUUGCUAGUUUUACCUUCAUCAUUCCCAUUUGGAGGCAUGGAAAAUCCGUGCAUCACUUUUGUAACACCUACACUUUUGGCUGGCGACAAGUCUCUAGCCAAUGUUGUUGCCCAUGAAAUUGCGCAUAGCUGGACUGGAAACUUAGUGACAAAUCGAACUUUUGAAGACUUUUGGCUAAAUGAAGGAUGGACUGUCUUUGUUGAAAGGAAAAUCAAAGGACGCGUUCAAGGUGAAGCUGCUAGGCAAUUUUGUGCUAUUGGUGGUCUAAAAGAGUUGCAUGAAACAGUAGAGCGACGAGGCUCUACAGAUCCAUUGACCUGCCUCGUUCAUGAUUUACGUGGUGUAGACCCUGAUGAUGCAUUCUCAAGUGUACCCUACGAGAAGGGUCAUACAUUCCUCUACUAUUUGGAGCACCAGUUGGGGGGGCCUGAAGCAUUUGAACCCUUUAUGAAAGCUUACCUCGACCACUUCAAAUUUAAAUCUAUUUCAACUGAGGACUGGAAGAAUUUCCUGUAUGAUUUCUUCCCUGGGAAACACAGUGUUCUCAAUGGCAUUGAUUGGGACUCCUGGUUGCGGAAACCUGGCAUGCCUCCACAUAUUCCAUCAUAUGAUACGUCAUAUUCAGAUGCUUGUACUGCCUUAGCCGAUCGCUGGCGCAAGUGGUCAGAGUCCCCUCCCAUGCCAUUCAACCCCGCUGACUGGGGUAAUUUGUCCUCUGAGCAACACGUGGAAGUUCUCGCCCAACUGCUUGCUGGUCCAGCACUGACCCCAAGCAAAGUUGCUACCCUAGGUGUUACUUAUAACUUGGCCAGCUCUCAGAAUGCUGAAAUAAGAUUUAGGUGGAUUCGCCUUGGUCUGAAGGCCCGCUGGCAACCAGCCAUUGCCCCUGCAUUGCAGUUUGUAACUGAACAAGGACGCAUGAAAUAUGUACGCCCCAUUUACAGAGAUUUAUAUGAUUGGGAAGAAGCUCGUCCCCAUGCAAUUUCAACUUACAAACAAAAUCGAUCAAGUAUGAUGUAUGUCAGUGCUCAUACUGUUGCAAAAGACCUUCACUUAGAAGAAUAAUGGAGUAUAUAGAAAUAUUUUAUUGAGGAUUUUAAUGUUACCUGAUUAUUGCUCCUAUUUUCCCAAUAUGCUUUUCUAUAAUUCAUGUGCCUUUCCUCUAUUAAGGUUUUAAACUUUUUAAUUUCAGGGAUGCAAUUUAUUGUAUCUAAUUUUAUCACUGCUUGAAAUUUGAAAAUAUACAAAAUGAAAUGAGA